UCUACCUUUACAUCACAAACAAUGGAGAUCGAUUUGACACCCAAGUUGGCCAAGAAGAUCUACGGCGGAGAUGGUGGCGCCUACCACUCUUGGUGCCCCAGUGAGCUCCCCAUGCUCAAAGAGGGCAACAUCGGCGCCGCCAAGCUCUUCCUCGAGAAGAACGGCUUCGCCCUGCCCCGCUACUCCGAUUCCGCCAAGGUUGCCUACGUUCUUCAAGGCAGCGGAGUGGCCGGGAUCAUCCUGCCGGAGAAGGAGGAGAAAGUUCUAGCGAUCAAGAAGGGCGACGCCAUCGCCCUCCCCUUCGGCGUGACGACGUGGUGGUACAACAAGGAGGAUACCGAGCUGGGCAUCCUCUUCCUCGGCGACACCAAGACCGCUCACAAGGCCGGGUGCUUCACGGACAUGUUCCUCACCGGCCCCAACGGCAUCUUCACCGGCUUCUCCACCGAGUUCGUGGGCCGUGCCUGGGACCUCGACGAGGCCACCGUCAAGACCCUCGUCGGCAGCCAGUCGGGAAAGGGCAUCGUGAAGCUCCCCGCCGACGCCAAGAUGCCGGAACCAAAGAAGGAUCACUACUCCGGAAUGGCGCUCAACUGCAUUGAGGCGCCCCUUGAUGUUGACAUCAAGGGCGGAGGCAAGGUCGUGGUGCUCAACACCAAGAACCUGCCCCUUGUCGGGGAGGUCGGCCUUGGAGCCGACCUCGUGAUGCUCAACGGGGGAGCCAUGUGCUCCCCUGGCUUCUCCUGCGACUCGGCCCUGCAGGUCACCUACAUUGUUAGGGGCAGUGGCCGCGUCCAGGUCGUCGGAGUCGACGGCAAGCGCGUGCUCGAGACCACCAUCAAGGCCGGUAACCUCUUUAUCGUUCCUAGGUUUUUCGUCGUCUCCAAGAUUUCUGAUCCCGAUGGCAUGGACUGGUUCUCCAUCAUCACCACUCCAAACCCUAUUUUCACGCAUCUGGCGGGAAGGACUUCGGUAUGGAAGGCUCUGUCGCCGGAGGUGUUGAGGGCGUCGUUUAAUGUUCCGGCGGAUGUGGAGGAGAAGUUUAGCUCAAAGAGGAAGGCGGAAGAGAUCUUUUUCCCGCCACCGAAUUGAUCCAACGUCUUCUUUUUUUUUUUCAAUCAUUUUUUGUUCUUAAUAAAUAAUUAGCGAUGAGCUGAUGAGCAUUUCAAUUUGCACGGAUUUUGGAGUUAUUUAUUCUAUUAUUGUUAGGUUUCUUUCAUAAACUUCAACUUAAGUUUAUUGCAAA